AUGACGACUUUCACAGCUCUAAAUGGGUCAUCACCCAGGCCAACUGAGAUCUCCAACGGUGCUCGGGAGCUUGAACGCGGAAACGGACAGUCUGCUGGUCCAGACCCAAGAUCCGCUAGUGAUGUUGCAGUCAGCCAGAGAGAACGGGACCGGGAAAACUGGGGCACUUCAACCCGUGAAAGGCAUCCGUAUCCUGUGGCAAAUUACCACGAUGCUGAACCUGCCCCAAAACGGAUGCGGACAGAUUCCGAUCCUCACUCUCCCAGGCGAGAGCACAGGCCUUCACCCAUUUCCACUGAGCGGCCCGACAAGUUCGGAACAGAGAGAACUCCCAUUGAACGGACUGAAAGGUUGGAAAGAACGGAAAGAAUGGAGAGAGUGGAGAGGCCUGAAGUAACAGAGAAGGCGGAGCAAUAUGAACCCCCACGGCCUCCGUCCAACCCCCAUGACCGCUAUCCGUCUCCCCAAAAGGAAGGAUAUCGUGGUUACGAAAAUCGUGAGAGCGAUGACCGAUGGCGCUCUCAGCAGGCCAGAAGUGAGAGGAACGCAAGCUACGAUGCAGCUUACUCGGCCGGGCCAGUAUCCGGCCAGUCCGAGGAGCCGAUGGGCGAACAUAUGCGCAGAGCGACCAGUCAAGCAGACAGCGGCGACUACGAAAAUCAGAGCCCCGAUGGCGACGACAACCGCUACUCGGAUCAGUACACCCCUGAGCAGCGCAGAGAUGGCACCGUUCAGUCCGACCCCAAGAAGCGGAAACGAAAUUUCAGUAAUCGGACGAAAACCGGUUGCCUGACGUGCAGGAGGCGCAAAAAGAAGUGUGAUGAGACAAAGCCUCAGUGUACCAACUGCAUCAAGGGUUCAUUCCAAUGUGCUGGUUACCCACCACAGAGGGGUAACUGGCAGAAACCUGAGAGCAAGCCAGCCCAAGUCAACAUCGAGUCCAAGGAUCCCAACUAUGUCCCUCUUGGAGCAUAUGGGAUGCCGCAGCAACCGAUCCCCCCUUACACCAGCAACACUGCUCCGAUACUGAGCCAACCAAAGCAGCGCGAGCCUUUCCCGAUGGCGCGUGGGCAGCAACCCACUCUCCGCAUCACACCGCCUCAAGGACGGCCUCUUCAAAGCGACGACGACCGGCUCACGGCAUCAACUCUUCCUAGUGCAUCGGUUAUUAGCCCAGACAACAAACUGUCCGCCCUCUCAGCUUAUCCUUCAAACGUCUUCCCCACGCCCAUCAGUGCCCGGACGCCCCUUAGAGAGUAUGCGAGAGUGCCCCCGCUCCACGAUUUGACGAGGACAGACCCUGACCACCAACCACCGCCGCCACCACCGCCUCCUCAAAGCGCCAUUUCCGCACAUCCUCCAUACAACCUCCAUGGUAGCCGAACGGACACGCCAACAUCAGCGGUCCAGCCUCUAAUCACAUCUCAGCCACCUUCAAGUGCCGUACAGGCGACUGCGCAGCUAGCACUAUCCCAUGCGCAGUCGCAUACUCCGUCCAGCGCUACCGUGCCCCCCGUGCGAAGGGAGAAAGACGAGAUGAUCAGUGGACGAGCCUUUUAUCCCUUCGACAAGGAGCUUGUGCUAGAACGCGAGAGAUGCAAUGCAGCUUGUUGGAGAUUCAACAACUCGACCAAUCCUAACAUUGGCGUAUCACCUGCUGAACGCGCACGACUUUUCAAAGAGAUCUUGCACCCACGCGAAGGUGUUCAGUUGACGCCCAACCAGCUAUCACCCAUAGGCCGUAUUGGUCAUGUUGGUGAUAACGUUUCGGUCGAGGCCCCGUUCAACUGUGACUAUGGGUACAACAUCUCCAUUGGCAGUAACGUGUCUAUCGGCCGGAACUGCCUGAUUACCGACUCUUGCGAGGUACGCAUUGGCCACAAUGUGAUUAUCAGCCCGAAUGUCAGCAUCUAUACAAACAGCUGCUACACAGACUGGAGGCGCCGUGAUGGGCACAGGGGUGCGCAGUUUGGCAAGCCAGUCAUCAUUGACGACGAUGUCUGGAUUGCGGCAAACGUGGUCAUCUUGCCCGGUGUAAAAAUCGGAAGGGGGUCAACGGUUGGGGCUGGGUCAAUUGUUUCGAGGGUAAGUGUCAAUCCCUAG